UCACCCGGAUUCUGAUACUUUCGGGGAAGUGGAAGACAUGGCCGCAAGGUUACUGCUGAGAUCCGCCGUCCGGGCCGCGACGACCUGCCGGGCUUCUCCGGCGCCCGCCCUGAGCAGAGGGAUGUCCGCCGGAGGUAUUCCCACUGACGAGGAGCAGGCCACCGGACUUGAGAAGAAGAUCAUGACUGCUCUGAAAACAGGAUCAGACCCCUACAGCAUGCUGAAGCCCAAGGAGUAUGCGGGAUCAAAGUCUGACCCCCACCUCGUCCCCUCCGUCACCAACAAGAGAGUGGUUGGCUGUGUCUGUGAGGAGGACAACACUGCUGUCGUGUGGUUCUGGCUCCAUGAGGGUGAACCUCAGCGCUGUCCUUCAUGCGGCUCUCACUACAAGCUAGUGGCCCAUGAGCUGCCUCACUGAGCUCGCUGCCUCAAAUGCAGCCUCGCAUCCCAUAAUUCCAGAGACGCUGUGACCUCAUUCAUGUUUGUCUUUUUGCAAUGUACAGGAGAUGUAAAUCUUCUGUCCUCCUGGUGUAGGACACAAAAUUUUAACAAUUCCUUGAAAAUAACAGUUUACUUAAGUUAUUGGAAUGCACCAAAUAAACAUGCUUACUCUGA